AUGGGUAAGACAACUCUUGCCAGGCAAGUUUUUAGCAAUCCAUCAGUAUUAUUUCGUUUUGAUGUUUCUUCAUGGGUUACUAUUUCUCAAGAAUAUGAAGCAAGAGAAAUUCUUAUAAAUGUUUUAAGCUUUGGUACUUCUGAUGUGACUGCAGUAUAUCAUGACAAGAGCUAUGACCAAUUAUUAGAGCACUUAUAUAGAAAAUUAAAAGGCAAAAGAUAUUUGAUAGUUAUGGAUGAUUUAUGGAGUAUAGAGGCCUGGGACCUAGUUAAAAGAUCAUUUCCUGAUGAUAAUAAUGGAAGUCGAAUCAUGAUAACUACUAGGCUUCUAGAAGUAGCUGAUUGUGCUGACUGUCCUCCUCAGUUGGAGGAAAUAGGGAAGCAGAUGGCAAAACAUUGUCAAGGAUUACCCCUCUCGCUUGUUGUCAUUGGUGGGCUUCUCUCCAAAAUGAAUAGGACAUAUGAAGAUUGGAAAAAAGUUGCUGAAAAUGUGGUUUCACAUGUAGGUUCCACCACUGAGCAUUGUUUAGCAAUAUUGUCGUUGAGUUACAACUGGUUGCCUCCUAGCUUAAAAGCGUGCUUUCUUUAUACGGGAGCUUUCCUCGAAGAUGCAGAGAUUCCUGCAGAUAAGUUGAUUAGAAUUUGGGUUGCUGAGGGUUUUCUAAACACAAAGAGUGAUAAAAUGUUGGAAGAUGUAGCGGAAGAGUCUUUAGAGGAUCUCGUUAGUAGAAGUUUGAUUUUGGCUAGUAGACAGCGAGCCAAUGGUAAAUUAAGAACUUGCAGAAUUCAUGACCUCCUUCGACAAUUAUGCUUGAAAGAAGGAAAAGCUGAGAAGUUUUUUAAUAUCAUAACUAAAUGUUUUGAUGUGUCCUCUGAAGGUAUGGAGAUUGAACGCAAAAUGUGUUUGAAUCCAGAUGCUUUAAAUAACCAGAAUCUUGACUUGGAGAAAGGUAAUUUGAAUUCUGUUCGGGCAAUCUUAUGCCUGGGUGUAUCCCAUACAUUUUACCUUGACUAUCUGUGCUGCAAAAUAGUAGAUUCUCGUUUUCAACUGCUAAGGAUAUUGGAUGUAGAAUGUAUUCGCUUUUCAAGUUUUCCUUGUGACAUAACACAGCUAAUACACUUGAGAUACGUUGCCUGUACUACUUGUACCAAUGUUCCCGCAUCAAUAUCCAAUCUGUGGAAUCUACAGACGCUGAUUGUUCAUCCAGUUGGAGAUGAAUUAUCCCUGCCAUCGGAAAUUUGGAAGAUGUCAAGUUUGAGAUACAUCUAUUCUGGGGGAAUGUAUGUGCAUGCUCCUCCAAAGGAAGAAAAUAUUUUGGGUCUUCAGAACUUGGAAACACUUGAUUCAAUACCCGCUGCAAAUUCCAACUGGAUAGAAGUUCUUACAGCAGCCCCUAAAAUAAAGAAGCUGGGAGUAUUGAUCCAUCCAGAUAAUCAUGAAUGGUCUAAGCUUAUUGAUAGUCUGAUUUGCUUAGCUGAUCUCCAGAAGCUAAGAAUUCAGCUAGCAAUUCCCUCUUCCGUAGAGUUUUUCCAAAUGCUGCCUGGUCUGCUAUGGGAAGUUUUUAAUUAA